AUGCACGAGCUUCAAGCAGACAUAUUCCGAGAGCCAGACUAUGUGCCCGUGGAGACUCCCUACGUGGGCGGUGUUCUAGACCCCAAGCUUGAUUCCAAAUUGAUGCAGAUAUUUGUGGGGCAUUUUGGUCCCUGGGUGUCCAUAUACUUUCCGUCCGAUGUCUAUAACGAUACUAAGCAAUCUCAGUCGUUGCUGCAUAACACCGCAUGUCUUCUAGCCUCUCGAUAUAUGCCCGGGGUUGCCUCGCCUGUGGUGCAAGCCAUGUAUCUCCAGAUACGACAAGAAUUGAUGCAUUCUCUGUGGGGCCCGCUGCCAUUGAAGUUUGAGGUCCUUCAAGCCAUUGCUCUCCUGUGUCUAUGGCCCACGCAUUCUGUCCAGAAUGGCCCGCCCAUGGACAGCUGGUUAUUAAGCGGUAUUGCUCUUGACCAUGCCUUGAUGUCCUUUGAUUUCCUCAAAAAUGCUCCCUACGAACGCGUAGUGGACAACGACAUGGUAUCACAGCUGAGACUGUGGAAUGCACUAUGCUUAGCCCGUGUCCAGUCUUCAGUUGCACAUGCUCGUCCGUUCCACAUUCCCCAGAGAUACCUUGACCACUGCCCACGCCUCCUGGAGCACCCAGCCGCAACGUUCGAAGACGGAAAAGUCGUCGCAGAAAUACAAUUAUACCUGAUCACUCUGCGUCUGCAAAGAAACUACCAACGGAUGAGGGUUUCAGACAUCGAGUACGAAGAACUCGAACGGUGGAAGGUAGACUGGGCCCAUCUUCUCAACGGCGAGGAAAACUCCACCAUCGAGCUCAACCUCUGGUUCUGCCAAAUCCUCCUUCACCGCACCGCAAUGAAAUUCCAAUUCGACACCGAACGCCUCAGCCUGGAAGUCAUCCAGCUCUCGCGGCUGAUCGUGUCAAAGGUCCUACAAGCCCGUCUCUCCACGGCGCUGGGAUUUAUCGACCACGUGUACGUCAUACUCGGCUACGCAACGCUCAACCUCUGCGACGCAAACACCCUCGACCCCCUCAUCGAGGAUAUCCAGAUGUAUCUGCUCCGUCUCUCGCCGAACGAGCGGCACAUCACGUACCGCUACUCGUGCAUGAUUGCGGAUUUCAAACAGCGCUGCGCGGAGUCUCAGCUCGCCUUUGGGGAUGCGCAGGCGCGAAAGGCGGAUGCGGAGCAGAUGCAGCUCGUGCACCCACUGGUGAAUGCUAUGGGCGACGGAUGUCCGCCGUGGAGCCAGAUCAUCCCUGAUUUCGUGGCGCAGUCGUACCCUGACGCUAGCGGAAUUCAUAUGUAUACACAACACGGGAAAUGCGGGAUCACCCCCUGCCGCAGCGGCUUCUACGAACUGCCAGUGCAGAUGCUGGUCGAGUUCAGCUUGGCGCUCGGAUACAGCACCCUGGGCAAGCCGCUCUCCAUCGGCACGGGGACCUUGCCAUCCGAGCCAACCGUCACCGUGGCGCAGGAGUAG